AUGGAUAUAACCGUGCCAGAAGGUCCAAGUGUGAUUCAUGAUUCCAUUGAUGCUUUGAGGAUCGUUCAACAGAACAUGAGAGCAGCACAUAGCCGACAAAAAAGUUAUGUUGGUAAUUUUCGAAGGAUGUUGCAAUUUGAGGUCGGCGACAAGGUCCAAGUGCGAUUCAUGAUUCCUUAUGGUUUCACCUACGAGAGAGUUAGAGAAGUUGAUUAUGAGUUGGCUUUACCUUCUAGUUUGGCAAAAGUUCAUAAUGUACUAAUCUAUGUUUCACAGUUGAGGAACCUACUAGCCUAUCAAGAUUUUGGAUACUCGAGUCAAGGAGUGGAGGAAUUCAAGGAUAUUCUGUUGGUCAAGGCUCUAUGGUCAAACCACGAAGUCAAGGAAACUACUUGCGAAAAUGAGACAAACAUGAGAUAG